AAGACGAAGAAGAAGAAGAACAGCUGACUGACUGACUGUCAUAAUGAGGUUCCGAUUUUGUGGAGAUCUGGACUGCCCUGACUGGGUCCUUGCAGAAAUAAGCACCUUAGCUAGAAUAUCGAGCGUCAAGAUGAAACUUCUGUGUGUGCAAGUCAUGAAAGAUCUGCUGGAUGAAGGCAUUGAUUAUGACAAAGUUUCAAAGCUGACCACCGAUGCAAAAUUUGAAAUUGGAGACAUUAAAGCCAGUGUAGCUGUGCUGAGUUUCAUUCUGUCCAGUGCUGCUAAACAUGAUGUAGACAGUGAAUCUCUCUCCAGUGAACUACAGCAGCUUGGCCUGCCUAAAGAGCACGCCACAGGACUGUGUAAAUCAUAUGAAGAUAAACACAGUGCUCUACAGGAAAAGCUGAGGGAGAGCAGCCUACGAUUGGGUCGUCUGGAAGCGGUGAACUGGCGUGUGGAUUACACCCUGAGCUCCAGUGAAAUAAAGCAAGUGAAUGAACCCACAGUCCAGCUCAGACUUCAGGCUCAGGACCCCGAGACCGACUCCACAGAGACCACCGUUGUCUCCAUCACUGCGGACAAGUUCAGAGUCCUGCUAACAGAACUCAAACAAGCACAGACUAUGAUGAAUGCACUACAGUGAACCAGUCAUCCUUUGUUGAAGAGUAUUGAUGAAAUGUGCACGUGCACAGAAUCUGUCCGU